AGGCUGCUGGGGCGAGCUGUCACUGAAUCGACCGAGUUGGAGCGGAGGACAGGGAAGCCAGUGUCUCCAGUUACAACCGAGUGGAGAUCACAUCCGACACUUCUACUGGUUUAACUUAACUCAGGCUGCGCGUCUCUGAAACCUCCGUUGGACUCCAAUACGCACAGAAAGAGCGGAAAAGCUUUGGUUUUUUGGCCAUGGCUGACGUUAGUUCAAACGAGUCGUCCUCCUCCUCGGACGUGGCGAAUCGGUUCGCCCGCAAAGGUGCUUUGAGGCAAAAGAAUGUUUACGAAGUGAAGAACCAUAAAUUUAUAGCACGAUUCUUCAGGCAGCCGACUUUCUGCAGCCACUGCACCGACUUCAUCUGGGGGUUUGGAAAACAAGGCUUCCAAUGCCAAGUUUGCUGUUUUGUUGUCCACAAGAGGUGCCAUGAGUUUGUGACCUUCUCCUGUCCCGGGGCGGACAAGGGUCCCGACACUGACGUGAGUACCCCCCCUCGUUAUGAGGCUUACCUGACCUGUUGUUGUCCAUCGUUAGGAGAAACUCUCUCUCUCUCUCUCUCUCUCUCUCUCUCUCUCUCUCUUCCCCUAUUCCCCUCUCUCCCCUCUCGUGUCUCAGUGACUGAAGGGAGGAACCUCAUCCCGAUGGACCCCAACGGUCUGUCAGACCCCUACGUGAAGCUCAAGCUCAUCCCGGACCCCAAGAACGAAACCAAACAGAAGACCAAGACAAUCCGCUCCAACCUCAACCCCACUUGGAACGAAACCUUCAACUUCAAACUCAAGCCGACCGAUAAGGACCGCAGGCUGUCUGUGGAGGUGUGGGACUGGGACCGGACCACCAGGAACGACUUCAUGGGGGCUCUGUCAUUCGGCGUGUCUGAGCUCAUCAAGUCACCAGUCUGUGGCUGGUACAAGAUGUUGUGCCAGGAGGAGGGAGAGUACUACAAUGUCCCCAUCUCAGAAGAGGAUGAUGGGAAUGAGGAACUGAGGCUGAAGUUUGAGGCUAAGACCUUUGUGGACGACAAUCAGAAGGCCAAGCUGGGACCACAGAAAAAGGUGAUCACCCCGGACGACGACAACCACUCUGCCUACGUGCCCUCCAGCAACCUGGACCGGGUCAAGCUGGAGGACUUCCACUUCCUGGCGGUGCUGGGGAAAGGCAGCUUUGGCAAGGUAAUGCUGGCGGAGAUGAAGACGUCCCUGGAGCUUUACGCCAUCAAGAUCCUGAAGAAGGAUGUGGUGAUCCAGGACGACGACGUGGAGUGCACCAUGGUGGAGAAGAGAGUGCUGGCUCAGCAGGACAAGCCUCCCUUCCUCACCCAGCUCCAUUCCUGCUUCCAGACCGAGGAUCGCCUUUACUUUGUGAUGGAGUUUGUGAAUGGAGGAGACCUCAUGUACCACAUCCAACAAGUUGGCAAGUUCAAGGAGCCCCAGGCUGUCUUCUACGCAGCAGAGAUCGCUGUGGGCCUCUUCUUCCUGCACAGCAAAGGAGUGAUAUACAGGGACUUGAAGCUGGACAACGUGAUGCUUGAUUGCGAGGGACACAUCAAGAUCGCCGACUUCGGCAUGUGUAAAGAGAACAUGUCUGAGGAGGUCACCACUCGCACCUUCUGUGGCACCCCAGACUACAUAGCACCCGAGAUCAUCGCCUACCAGCCCUACGGCCGCUCAGUGGACUGGUGGGCGUAUGGAGUGCUGCUGUAUGAGAUGCUGGCCGGACAGCCUCCGUUUGAUGGGGAGGAUGAAGACGAGCUGUUCCAGUCGAUCAUGGAGCACAACGUGUCCUACCCCAAAUCCAUGUCCAAGGAGGCUGUCCUCAUCUGCAAAGGGCUGAUGACCAAGCACCCGUCCAAGCGUCUGGGCUGCGGGCAGGAAGGCGAGCGGGACAUCAGGGAGCAUGCUUUCUUCAGACGCAUCGACUGGGAGCGCCUCGCCAACCGUGAGAUCCAGCCCCCCUUCAAACCCAAAGACUGUGGCAAAGCAGCUGAGAACUUUGACAAGUUCUUCACACGCACCCAGCCCCAGCUGACCCCGCCCGACGAGCUGGUUAUCGCCAACAUCGACCAGGCGGACUUCAACGGCUUCUCCUUCAUCAAUCCCCAGUUCACCUACCCUAUUGCCCCAAUCGCCCCUGAGGCCAGCACCGCUCAGUGAGGGGGGAGGCCGCGGUCAACCCCAUCCACCCCCACACAUCCACCCCUCUACUGCCAACCCCCAGUACCCCUGACCACCACUUGAACCAGGCACAGGCAAGGCCUCAAAUCUUUUAUACAAGAGUCGAGACAAUCAGAGGAAAUGGUUUUGUUUUGAUGUCUUUGUUAUUAUAGCAAUACUCCAAAUUGGCCGCAUAAAUGAAGUGCAUACUAUAAACGUGUUUUAAGAGUAUUCUAGUAUUUAACUACAAUACCAUGUUGAUUAUUUUAGAGGAUGGAGGAGCGAUCGAGGCUUCCCUGUCCUGCAUAACACAUGAAAUAACUUAGAAUCUCUGAGACUUCAGGGGAUUUCUACGAAGCCAGGUGAGAGAAGAGCGCUGAGAGGAAAGAACAGUUUAACUUGGAUAUGAACAGUAUGGUUAAAACAUAAAACAUGAUAGGAGCUAAUGAAAAUAUGCAUUUUCGGGUAAUGGGUGGCUAAUGCUGUUGACAUAGACUCAUGAACGACUCCAGUAGAUCCUCUGUCCUAAAGCCCAACUGGGACAGGGAACAAGCUCAAGCCAAAUAUGGAGGAGGAGGGGCCAACAUCAAAGUUGCUUAAGAUGUUGCUAACUGUAUCUUGUUUACAAAUGUCUUUCCCUUUUUCUCAUGGUGAUGGCAAAAGUAUAUUUUAGUACAUUCUCUGGACUGUAGCCAGACACGUUCCAGUGCAGAGGAACACCAGACAACUCCAGACCCAGACAGCGUGUAGAUCUUGUAGGUCAGAUGUUCUCAGCAUGAACACCAUACUGGUCUCAUGCAGCAUGUAGAACGUGUAGAGCACAUGUUGCCCCGUUGACAGCAUGCGGCUCACUUUUUUUAAAAUAAGAGCAGAAAAAUUCUUCCUCGCUCCUCUAGACUUUUCUAAAGUGGACCGGGUUCAGUACGGUGGCCAAAGCAGAUGUUCCUUUCACCAGAUCAUAUAAUGAUCUAUCCUUAGAGCUAAAAGGUUUGCAGUUGGUCAGUUUACAAGAUGUCUGACCCUAUUUGUCUGUCCUGCCUGGAUGUUUCUAUAAGCUUCCUGUGGCCAUAAAACGUAUUUGUCUGUUUGUUUUAAGCCAUGUUGUUUUUUUGGUAUUAUCAUACUAAACCAUGUGUAUUAUCCAUGUCCUGGUAGCUCAAGCAGACAUGCUGGGUUUUUGAGGUACAGAAUAAAACUACUCCUGUAUGGGAAUGUGCCAGCAUUCCUUCAUCUAUUUCAUAAUUUCUUUAUUUUGUUAAUUCAUAUAUUUUUGUUUCUGUAAUCAUCUUCAAAUUGUAUCCUACCAUGAUUUUGUCCUCAAUUUCUGAUAUCUUAAAUCUCAAUUCUGUUAGAUCAUUUAAAAAUACUCCAACCUUUCUCCAGUCCUUUGUAAAUAUCCUAUAUUCUGUAUCGCAACUUACAUCUUUAAUGCCAACAACUGAAUGAGCUUUUAUUGGAUUAGCUAUGUUUAGCAUAUAUCUAUGUCUAUAAAACAGUUACAAAUAACAGAAGCGUACCAUGGUUAAUCCAGAUUAUAUUGGUCGUCUUCAAAGCAUUCAGAUUCAUCAAAAUGUGAGGAAAUGUUGUUUUGAACUUGUUUCAAUGGAUUGUUGGAUUGUUUCUUUUUCUUGUUCAUAUCAAGUGUAGUGAAAGUGUGAGUGUGGAGGGCGUGGUCUUCACCUGCAUGCUGCCCAGGUGUAGUGAAGGUGGGAGUGUGGUGGGCGUGGUCUCAACCUGCAUGCUGCCCAGGGCUUUAAACCCAAGUACUGCAUGCAUAGAGGGUAGAAAUCCUCUGAGAACACGACUUCAAAUGUAUGUGUAUGUAUAGACAAUAUAUGUAUAUGUAUAUAUACAGUACAUGUACAGGUAUAUAUAUAUAUGUACAUAUAUAGGUAUAGAUAUAUAUGUUAUUAAAUUAAACAUCCCUUUUAAAUGUAUGGAUAGUUUCCAUUUGAAUCUACCUUCCUAACAUUUUGUUCGGUUUAAUGUUGAGGCAAAAGUUCUAAUCGAAGAAAGCAUUAUAUAUAUGAAGCUAGAAGUAAUUAUUGUUGUUAUUCUAACAACUAUUCCAAUUAUCUUACUUCAGUAAAUAUCAAAAACACUGAUAUCAUUUCUAUAAAUCCCCUCCUUCUCUGAUUAAUCUGUGCCCUGGUUCCUUUUACCCCUCUCUCUCUCUCUCUCUCUCUCUCUCUCUCUAAACCACGAUGCCCCCUAGCACUAUCUAGACCAGGUGGGGCCCUAGUUCUAUCUAGACCAGGAAGGCCCCUAGCUCUAUCAAGGCCAUGAGGGCCUCUAGCUCUAUCUAGACCUGUGUCUUAUUUUUGAGGUUAUAUAGGUUAUCAGUGUUGUGUUAUUGUCAGAUCUUUACAGUUGUAUCUGUAAUUUUUUCCUGUAAUUGUCUAUAUACUCAUAGAUAUAUCUUGAUUGACCCUUUUAUUUCUUUCUAAAGAAUUGAUUCUAUCCCUGUGUUUCCUAUUGUAAAACCUUCCGUUUGUGCCAAACCAGAAAAUGCCACAACCCGAUCCUAGCAGCGUUGCACUAGCCUUCUGGUCACACUGAUGACUUUCUGUGAUAGCAUCCAUCCGUCGUAGCCUCUCCCAGCCAGUUAGCCCAUUUGAAGCUUCACUUGCUCAGCCCUCUCAACCUCCUACCCUUGCAUGUAGCCAUAGCUGCAUCAGUGCAAAAGGAUGUCAGUCAUUGCCAUGUCAUGUAGCUCGUGGAUGCAUAACACAUGGGCUUCCUUCAUCGGUCUGUGUCAUGUGGGGGCCUGACGCCUAGAUGGCUGGCCUGUGGACCCCUGGAGCUCCGCAGCCUGCCGCUGUGAGCUGUAGUGAGAAUGUAUUGUGGGCGGAUUCCCAAAGACCUGCCCUCUGGUUUGAAGCAAGUUUCAUCACUGCAUGUGUUGGUUUGAAGGCCCAGAAUAUACGUUUCAAUUAUCGUAAAUACUAACCUUUUAAUAAACAAAUAAAUAUUUUAAAAACAACGUGAGUGCUGGAGCCGUUGAUGUACUCUCUCACUCUCUCUCUCGUUUUCCCAAUUCAAUUCUCAGAAACCCCAAUUCUUUCUUGACCUGACAUUCUUUUUAACAUGUUUUAUGAAAAUUAUACAUACACUAGUCAGGGGGCCAAUUCUGAAAAGGGCUUCCGUUCAGACUUUUGCGAAAACGUUUUUUUACAAGCUGUCACCCUAUUUUUUUAGUUAAAAGACACCCAUAGGGACUUCCGGUUAUGGCAGACAAGUAGGAAGAGGUGUUUCACAGUGCUCUGCUUCUGCUGCUAUAAUUUCUACUGAAGACUCAAUUGCAACAAAAAAAAUUUGAACGGUGUUGGAGUGUAUGUCGCGAUGCCGAGGGGUGGCAAAAACAAGCGUCUCCUACGCAGCCGAAGUUAACAGACUACCGUGUUCGUAGCAUAGCAAAGCAAGCUAACGAAGACAACAUGGCGGCGGUGGCAGCGGAGGAGGCAGAGGAGGCUAGCGGAGAAUUAAAGUGCUUAACUACUGGUGAACGACCUUGCAGACUAUAUAUGGUACAAGUUUGUGUUGAUUGCAUGGAAAAGGGAAUAACCAGUUACAACUUAUAUGGUAAGAGCCUGGUAAUACCAUGGAAACAAACAAGGCUUCCUUUUACACUACAGUUUCAGCUUACUUACCUGGUAAAUUGUCAUGUUUUACUUAGUAACGCUGCAGAACGUCUAUGGUUCAAGUUCCAGUUUACUGUAUGGACUGGAAUGUAUCUAUUACAAAUUAUAUGGUAAUAACGUGGUAACACCAUGGAAACAAACAGCUUCGUACCCAGUAUUUAAGAAGAUGUACCAUGACACUAGAGGAAAACUGUUCCUGCGGUGGUUGUUACCAGGUAAGUAAUUCCAUACUUGUGUGGCAGCACGAGCUAUGGAGUGAUGCCCUUUUCUUAAGGCAGUAUUGGUAGUAUUAAUUGUUGACAGACAACGCCACCCUGGGAAUUUCACCCAGAGAUUUAUUUUAAGUGGACUAGCCGAAAUGAAGGAAAGGCACAGGUCCGUUAUGCAAUGAGGCAGAGACGGCAGUUCGGUCACACAAAAAUACUUUUAUUUAUACAAAAUUUCUGUUCUUAAGACUACUAGAGAAUUACUCACUGCGGGGGAAAAUGGGGAGAACCUUUCAGUGCUGAGACCUACUGUGAACACCUGCAUCCAAAGGAAAGGGGGUCCCAGGAACACCACACGUAAAACAAAUGAAAAAUAAACCAAAUGCAAACACAAUACAAAGGGGACACCAGUCCACCACCGUAGGCUCAGCACCUGAAUUGAGGGGGAUCGCAGAGCAACCAGUUAGAAAACAUAAUGGAAACAAAAUAAUAAUAACUAAUAAGAGAAAUCAAUUAAAUAAACAAAAUCUAUAAUAAGUAAACACUGUCACGGUUUGGUACACAAGAAACUAAUGUGACUCAAGUGCGAAGCAAAAACAGGAUAAGUGUAAGGUAUUUAUUCCUCAUUAAUAAAGUUCCAAAAAGCUCAGAAGAUCCAAAACGCAAAACACAAAGUCCAAGUAAUCCAAAAGGCAAAAACACGAAAACUCAGUCCAACAAUCCAAAAGGGCAGAAACACAAUCAAAGUAAAUCCAAAGGGUAAUCCAAAACUUGGAGUAUGAGAACAGUCCAGGGUCAAACAACAGGAAAUCCAAAAUGUAGGGUUCAAGAUCAAGGUCUACUCACAUGGUUUCAUUGAAGACUCAACAGAGACAGAGUGAAAGAACCAGGCUUAAGUACUGUGAGACAAACACGGCUAAACCAAUCACAUGACUAAUUAAACAGGGCCAGGUGAGUCUGCUUAACAAUCGACAUUAGGUGGAAACAACACAGAGAACAGAAAGACAGAAUUGGCGCAAUCUAGCGGUCUAUGACCCAAUAGUCCAACAUUAUGACAAACACAAGGAGAAAUCAGCAAAAACUCUUACAUAACAUAACAUACACACUUUAAGAUGUAGUUGCACCAACUGAAAAAAAAGAGAGGAACACAACAGGGAAAAAGGAGGACACAACAGGAAAAGGAACAAACUAUCGCUAGCCGAAUGAACGUCAAAGCGAUCCGGUCCGAGUCGGCCCUGGCAAGGCAGUAAUAACGUGGAAGCAAAGCAGCAGUGGUUUUUAUAGGUGGAUUAGCCGCCGCUGCGCCGGUACUGUCGGCCACCCAGUCGGGCAGUCCCGGCCAACAUGGCGUGGAGCAGUGAGCGCGACGCUAUACGAAAGUGACAGUUCAGUAGGCGACAUCGGCUAUGUAUCGAUGAGCAGCGCGCAGCCAG